UGUCACGAUUUUAUCUUCGGAACCGAUACUGCGAGAGAAACACGCUCCAGUCGGUUUCAGCAGUGCAGUCAGGAGAAAUGAAACUGAAACUAAAUUCUGGAAAUUGAGAGAUUGAUCCGCAAAUCGUUUCAGACGCAGACGAUGACCAUGGCUGAGAAGCACACAAACAAUGACUUGGAAAACAAAAUAUGUACUUUUCUGAACGACAAAGAGGACGGAGCCACAGCUCUACAAAUAGCGAAAGGUGUUGGCCUGAAGAAAACCAGUGUCAACAGUGUCUUAUACAGGCUGGAGGAAACGCGGCAGCUGUACAGGAAUUCCGACCAGCCACCCAUAUGGUCCCGUCAGAAGCGCUCAGCCGCCACUGUGAAGAACUCUCAACCAACGCAUGCUUUGGCAGUGGAAUUAAAAAAGAUGUUAUUGGAUGGCAAGGGGAUGAAAUCAUUUCACCUAGCAGCAAAGCUGAACGUGCCACGCAGUGAAGUGACCAAGUGUCUUCAUGGCUUGAGUAGAAGCGGAGAGGUGAAGAGGUUGGGGGAGACAUCAUUGUGGAAGGUUGAUGGAACAAAUGGAGGAGGCCGGCUGAUUAAAUAUGAAGGGGAAUUUCAAGAUUGUUCCAUCGAAUUGAAGGAAGACUCCAGGUUCUUCCGAGAUUUUGAACUGGUGUCUGUGCUAGGAGCAGGGGGCUUUGGGUGUGUUGUCAAAGCCAAACACAAGCUGGAUGGCGAAAUCUAUGCAGUGAAGAUUUUGGAGUAUACAAUAAAGGCCAGCAGGGAGAUAAAAGCACUGGCCAUGUUCAGUCAUCCGAACAUCGUUCGUUACUACACGUCUUGGGAUGAAAAGGCUUUUUGGAUUAAUGAAUUUAACGAUGAUGACAGUACAACGAGCUCCCAAUACCCAACUGAUUCAGAACAGAGAGACUCCUGCAGUUCAGCGAAUGGAGCUGAAAACAGUGGAAGAGACUUGUCUUGCCUGUUCAUUAAAAUGGAGUUCUGUGAAAAGGGAACCCUCAAUGACUGGAUUAAAAAAAGGAAUGAAGGAACACAAAAUACAUUUAAAACAGCUGAGGCUCUCCACAUGUUUCGCCAAAUACUCAGUGGAGUAGAAUACAUCCACUCUAAAGGACACAUUCACCGAGAUCUGAAGCCUGAAAAUGUGUUUAUUGGAGAAGAUGAGACUGUGAAGAUUGGAGAUUUUGGGCACGUUACCAACACCAGUUCUAGUCUUGUUAAUCGCACUUCAGAAACAGGAACACCGAUUUAUAUGAGCCCUGAGCAGAAGACAGCGCUGGAUUAUGACAAGAAAACUGACAUUUUCGCCCUUGGAUUGAUUUAUUUUGAGAUUCUGUGGAAAAUGCCAACUGUUUCAGAGAAAUUUAAGCUGUUUGAAAAUCUACGUACACAAGUCUUUCCUGAAGACUUCAAAAACAAGUACACCACAGAGCAUCAUAUGAUCAGGAAAAUGCUCUCCCAGACCCCUGCAGAACGACCAGAUGUUAAAGAGAUUGCAAAGUACCUUGAAGACUUCCUGCUAAGGAACUCGGCUGCAUUAGAACAGAAGUCUGCCUAAAGCACAGCUAGCUGCUCCUGCCUAGCCAGGCCUGCUAGCUGCUCCUGCCUAGCCAGGCCUGCUAGCUGCUCCUGCCUAGCCAGGCCUGCUAGCUGCUCCUGCCUAGCAGGCCUGCUAGCUGCUCCUGCCUAGCCAGGCCAGCUAGCUGCUCCUGCCUAGCCAGGCCCAGGAGUCUGGAAACAUUUGUUCAAUAUAUUAAGUAUAUUGAACAGCUGUAGGAAAUGUGGGUUGGUCAUUAAUGUUUGAAAACAAAUGAUUGACAGAUUAAUUAAAAUGUGUAGCAGGAUUUAAACAAGAGAUUCUACUUGGAAUUUUUCCAAUGGAGUAAUUGUUGUCAUGUUGAUUAUCUCAUUAAGUCAAAGCUCAAAUCUAGGGCUGAUUGAGCAUUUGCUAUAGUGGCACAUAAACUUUGGAACAGCUUACUGACUUCUAUCAGAACUGCUCCAACACAACAUAUUUUUAAAUCUGUGUUAAAAACGCAUAUUUUCUCUUUAUGCUACAACUUGUGAUGUUCUCUGUUGUUAGUUAUGUCUUUUGGGUAUCUAUGUUUUACUGUGGGUUUUACUGUACUUUGUGGUUCUGCGAACACAUUGAAAAGCACAUUGGUCAACUAUUGUUAGUUUUAAUUAUGAUAUACAUUUGAAAUGAAUUGAAAUUGAAUGUGGAUAUGCAGUGGUAAAGAGGGAUACAGGCUUAGGGUAUAGCUCAGUGGUUAGAGCACUCAACUGCAGAUGGUUGCAGGUUAAAAUCUCAUCUGUUUGUCUCUUUAAAUAAAGUUUUCUGCUUGAUGACUAGCUUUAGCUAGUCGUUUACAUGCACUAUGCAAAAUGCUGCACUUUCAGGUACUUUUAAAACAGUACAUUAUAAAAACAAAAUCAUUUUGAAGAUACUAUCAUGUUUACUGUAAUAACGGUCUGAUAAAUAAUGAUUGACCUUGUCUUAAGUAUAUGUAUUUUGACUAUUCAAAAAUGUAUUAAAGUGAAUGGGUGUAUAUUGCCUCUCAU